AUGACCAAGCACUUUUUACUGGACUGGACUUACGCUGUAGCUUUGAAACAGUUGGAGGGCACGAGCUCCAACUGGCUGAGUGGCUGGCAGUUUCGAAACAUCUGGAGGCUAGGCUAG